CUGCAGGUCGCGGACAUGCACUACGCGGACGGACGGAGCACCCCGUGCGAGGACGUGCUGCCGGCGCAGGACCGCGGCUGCUCCGACCUCAACACCACCGCCUUUCUCUACCGCGUCCUCCGCGCCGAGGACCCGGACCUCGUCGUCUUCACCGGCGAUAACAUCUACGGCGCGGACUCGACCGACGCGGCCAAGUCGAUGGACGCGGCGAUCGCUCCAGCCAUUGCCAUGAGACUUCCCUGGGCUGCUGUGAUUGGUAACCAUGACCAGGAGGGCACGCUAUCGCGGGAGGGCGUGAUGCGACACCUUGUAGGCAUGAAGAACACACUUUCGCGCUUCAAUCCACAAGGGGUAGAGAUCGACGGCUACGGAAAUUAUAACCUGGAAGUUGGUGGGGUUGAAGGAACCCUGCUGGCCAACAAAUCAGUGCUCAACCUUUAUUUCCUUGACAGUGGUGACUAUUCAACGGUGCCGUCAAUCCCCGGUUAUGGUUGGAUCAAGGCUUCACAGCAAGCUUGGUUCAAGAAAACCUCUGCGAGUCUCCAGAAAAAUUAUACGAAUGAAGAUCCCAAACAGAAGGAUCCAGCACCUGCUCUUGCGUACUUCCACAUUCCAUUGCCAGAGUUUGGCAGCUUCACAGCAUCCAAUAUGACAGGAGUAAGACAAGAGGGUAUCAGCUCAGCGUCAAUCAACUCUGGCUUCUUUACCACCAUGGUGGAAGCUGGAGAUGUGAAGGCUGCCUUUAUAGGGCAUGAUCACUUAAAUGACUUCUGCGGGAAGCUCACUGGUAUUCAGCUGUGCUAUGCUGGUGGGUUCGGUUACCAUGCGUACGGAAAGGCUGGGUGGUCAAGGAGAGCUAGGGUGGUGUCUGUGCAACUUGAGAAGGCGGAGGGCGGCGAGUGGCAAGGAGUCAAGUCUAUCAAGACGUGGAAGAGGCUUGAUGAUCAACAUCUCACCACAAUUGACUCAGAGGUUCUAUGGAACAGAGGCUCUAAUGGGGGACGCAGGAAGAAUCGUGAUGGAACCUGAGUUCGGGAUGGGAAUCUACCUCUACAUAUAAAACAACAUGUGCGUUGUUGUUGGUGCGCAGCUAUCUCACGAAGAUUGUAACUAUGUAGAUGAACAAGCAGAUAUAUUUUCGAUAAAGGAAAUAUAUUAAUAUCAAUAAGAUACCAAUUACACAUAGCCUCUGCAACUAUGCAAUACCCUAAUAAUAGUACGGAUGCACCUAGCCAAAAAAUAGAUAGUAUGCCACUUGUUUACACAAGUUUUCAAGGUUGUAAUUGUUCUCAUGAGGUUAACAGUGGAUCAUGGAUUUCUUAUAAUUGAGUACAAAUGUCACUUUUUGCAAA